AUGAAUUUAGCAAUUCUAUUUUUAAUAUUACUAUUUAGUAUAGAAUAUAGUAAUACAUAUAAGUUAAAUAAUAACAAAAUAUCUUUUAAUUAUAUGUUUGGUAAUAAAAAUUAUAUAAAAAACCGAAAAAAUUAUUUUUGUUCUAAAUUCUUAAGUGGGUUAAUUAAUUAUAAUAAAGAAUCAUGCUUUUUUAUAAAUAAAAAAUAUUUACCUAACGUAAAUGCCUACUGUAACAAAAAAAGGUUUUUCAGUUCUAAAGAAAAAAAUAAAUUAUUUUAUACUAUAACAUUAAGAACUAAUGAAGGAGAAAAGAAAAUUGAAUGUAAUGAAGAUGAAUAUAUAUUAGAUGCAAGCGAAAGGCAAAAUGUUGAGUUACCAUACAGUUGUAGAGGUGGAAGUUGUUCAACAUGUGCAGCUAAAUUAAUUGAAGGAAAAGUUGAUAAUGAUGAACAAAGUUAUUUAGAUGAAGAACAGUUAAAACAAAAUUACAUUCUUUUGUGUACGUGUUAUCCUAAAUCAGAUUGUGUUAUAGAAACACAUAAAGAAGAUGAGCUGCAUGAUAUAUAA